GACGCGACCAGCCCGGACCUCGCGCCCACGCCCGAGCCGCCGGAGGAGUACGCGUACCCGGACUACCGCGGCAAGGGCUGCGUGGACGAGAGCGGCUUCGUGUACGCGAUCGGGGAGAAGUUCGCGCCGGGCCCCUCGGCCUGCCCCUGCCUGUGCACCGAGGAGGGGCCGCUGUGCGCGCAGCCCGAGUGCCCGCGGCUGCACCCGCGCUGCAUCCACGUCGACACGAGCCAGUGCUGCCCGCAGUGCAAGGAGAGGAAGAACUACUGCGAGUUCCGGGGCAAGACCUACCAGACUUUGGAGGAGUUCGUGGGGCCUGAGAGAACUGCACAGCUGUUCAGCGAUUCCAAACUCCACAAGGUGUCUCCAUGUGAGAGGUGCCGCUGCGAAGCCAACGGCGAAGUGCUGUGCACGGUGUCAGCGUGUCCCCAGACAGAGUGCGUGGACCCCGUGUACGAGCCUGAUCAGUGCUGCCCCAUCUGCAAAAACGGCCCCAACUGCUUUGCAGAAACUGCUGUCAUCCCCGCUGGCAGAGAAGUGCAGACCGACGAGUGCACCAUAUGUCACUGCACGUAUGAGGAGGGCACGUGGAGGAUCGAGCGGCAGGCCAUGUGCACCAGGCACGAGUGCAGGCAGAUGUAGACACUCAUGACCCAAAACUGACAUUUUUCUAGAGUAUUUAACUGAUGGGAGCAUUCUAAAUGACUCUGGGAAAUACCAAUCAAAAGGAGAAGACUUUUGAUGAAGAAUAUGGAAAAGUGUUGGUACUUUUUGUUUUUCUUAGUAACAAUUACUGCAAGAGAAGAAAGUGGAUCUGUACCAAAACAUCAACAAGAACUUUGGGCAUAAAAUCCCUCUCUAAAUAAAUGUGCUAUUUUCACAGUAAGUACACUAAAGGACACUAUUAUAUAUUAAAUGUAUUUCUAUAAUCCCUCUAUUAGAGAGCUUAUAUAAAUGUUUUCUAUAGAUACAGAUUAAAAAUGCUGUGUUGUCAACCGUC